UCAUGGCUCAUUCACUUAUUGAAAACGCUACUGGCAAAGUUACCUCUUUCACAGUGCACAUUUCCGAUGCCGAUCUCGAGCAGCUUGGCUUACUUCUUCGAACGACGCCCAUCGCCGAGCCCACCUAUGAGACCAAUCUACCCGAUGGAGAUCGCAAGUUUGGGAUGCGGCACGACUGGUUGACAAAGGCACAUGAACUACACAUCAACACCUUCGAUCACUUUCACAUGAACAUUGAUGAUGAGCUGUGCGACUUUAACGUCCAUUUUGUUGCCAUGUUCUCCAAAAGACAGGAUGCAGUGCCCGUGCUUUUGCUUCAUGGCUGGCCAGGCAGCUUCUUGGAGUUCUUACCUAUGCUCGAUAAGUUGCGUAAGAAGUAUGGCUCUGUUGACUUGCCGUACCAUCUUGUGGUCCCAUCAUUGCCUGGCUAUGCCUUCUCGAGCCCUCCUCCCAUCGAUAAAGAGUUCAGAGUAGAGGAUGUUGCCAGGCUAAUGAACCAGCUGAUGCUCCGCCUCGGCUUCGGAGCCGGAUACAUGGUCCAAGGCGGUGAUGUCGGAAGCAAAGUUGCCAGAGUGAUGGCGGCAAAGUAUGACGAAUGCAAAGACGAACCCGAGCGUCUUGAGCACGAAGUCACAGAUGCCGAGCACAAUGGCCUGCGCAGAGCACGCGAGUUUCUGCAAAUCGGUAGCUCUUACGCUAUUCAACACGCGACUAAACCUGGCACUAUCGGUCUUGUGCUAUCCAGCAAUCCUGUAGCUUUGCUGGCAUGGAUUGGUGACAAGUUCCUCGCAUGGACCGAAGAAGAUCCACCUAUCUCCCUGAUUCUGGAAUCAGUCAGCUUGUAUUGGCUCACGCGAUGUGCAGUGUCAUGCCUCUGGCCUUACCGUAUCGUUAGUGAAUCUCCCUCAAUUUCCUCUGCUUUUGCUCACGGUCAUUACCCAAAGUUUUACACCCCUGGUCUCAAUGGCAACCCGCAUAAUAUGUCUGAGUACAAGAUCCCUGAGAUCAAGCCAUUCGGUUACUCUUACUAUCCAUACGAGUUGUACCCGGUCCCCAAGGCAUGGGCUGCUACAACUGGCAACUUGACUUUCUUCCGAGCUCAUGAUAAAGGAGGACAUUUUGCGGCUAUUGAACAGACUGAGACAUUCCUGGAGGACCUCGAGGAGUUUGUAAAGGAAAGUCGUACAGCAGUGUUGAGUCGAGCCCCGAAGGUGAUGCUGUCGAAACAUAGUAACUUUAGCCGAGCUUGGCAUAUGAAUGCUCCAACUAUCUAC